GAAAGCAAAGUGUGACUUUGGCUUUGAAACAGUGGUUUGCAUACUUGACUCACUAGAACUUUUUGCAAAGUCUUAAAAAUCUUCUCUCCUUCUCAAACUUUAAUUCACAUUCAUCUGGUUGUUUUCCUUCAAUCCAUUUCUUCCCAAACUUCACAGUUUUCUUAAGCUUUGAAAAUUCAAAGAAUUCUUUGGGCAGAUUUUUUCUUCUUCUUCUUCUUCUUCUUCUAGGUGGUCUUUAUUUACUGCUGUCUGAUUUGUAAAUAUAGUAUUCAAUGCUAUUUGCUUUUUCAUGGUUGUCUCAUGAAUCCUUUUUAUGAUCGCCGUACCACUCAGCUUUUACUGUGACUUCUAUUGCUGCAACGAAAUAGAUUUCUGAGAAGGUAUUAAAUUCAAUUUAAUGACACGGUGGCCUUCUAGACAUUUAUAUGCUGUGCAUGGUGUGGAGUAGCCACUGAACAUAGCUUGGAUUUCUUCUACUUUCUAGAGUGCUGGAGGUGCUCGUGGAGAUGAAGAAAGAGGAAACAACAUCAAAGAUGGACGAUUAUGAAGUUUUAGAGCAGAUUGGGAGAGGAACAUUUGGAACUGCUUUUCUAGUCCUUCACAAAAUUGAGAGAAAGAAGUAUGUCUUAAAGAAGAUUCGUCUGGCUAAACAAACAGAGAAAUUCAAGCGUACAGCACAUCAAGAGAUGGAGAUGAUAUCAAAGCUAAAUAACCCAUAUAUUGUGGAGUACAAAGAUGCAUGGGUGGAAAAGGAAAGCUAUGCAUGCAUUGUGACAAGUUACUGUGAGGGAGGGGAUAUGGCUGAGAUGAUAAAAAAAGCUAGGGGAACAUGUCUUCCUGAAGAGAAGCUCUGUAAAUGGCUGACCCAGCUGUUGGUAGCGGUGAACUACCUCCACUCCAAUCGUGUUAUUCAUAGGGAUUUAAAGUGCUCCAACAUAUUCCUUACAAAAAACAAAGACAUCAGGCUAGGUGACUUUGGACUUGCAAAACUGCUUGACAAAGAUGACCUUGCUUCCUCGGUUGUUGGAACUCCCAUCUACAUGUGUCCAGAGCUUCUCGCAGAUAUACCCUAUGGAUACAAAUCGGAUAUAUGGUCAUUAGGUUGCUGCAUGUUCGAGAUAGCUGCACAUCAACCUGCUUUUAAAGCUCCUGAUAUGGCUGGACUUAUUAACAAAAUAAAACGAUCAAUUAUGUCACCACUUCCAAUUGUGUAUUCUUCUACAUUGAAACAAUUAAUCAAGAGCAUGCUAAGAAAGAACCCAGAACACAGACCAACAGCAGCAGAGCUGUUGAGGCAUCCGCAUCUACAACCAUACCUUGCUCAAUGCCACAAUAUAUCUCCUGUUUUUCUACCAGUGAAGUCUGAACUCAGCAGCCAAAUUAGACCAAAAGGAACCCAAAUGUCUAACAAAUUUAGUAUUGGAAAAGACACCCAGGGUAGAAAGGCAAAGUCACCAAUAAGUGUUCAGGUAGGAAAUGCACAUGCAUUCAGUAAUGCACCAGCAUAUGAAACCCACCCCUCUGGCUUUGUUGAAACUAAAGUUGAGACAAGAAUAGUUGAGACUACUAGCUGUUCUGAGAUAACAGCUAAAGCAGAAAAGGCUUUUGGAGUAAUCUCCAAUUCUGUUGAACUAAUUGGAAAUGACAGCUCAGAAUCUGCCUGGAUGCAUAUGGCUACAGAUUAUCCAGAAAACAGGAAACAAGAAUUGGCCUCUAAGCACUCACCGACGAUGCAGGAGGAACAGUUAGUUGUCAUAAAAGCUGAUAUAAUGGGUGGUAGUGGUAGUGAUAAAGAUCAUAAGAAAAUGGCAACAUCGACGUAUGCAUAUCAAGCUGCCAGUGGUUGCCUUUCAGGUUCAGAAUCAGAGAAAAUUAACAAAUAUGUUAGUGGUGUGGUGCCAAGUUUACAUGCUACAAUAAAUCCAAAUUCAUAUCUGAUAGAUGCUCUUGAGGGAAAUGCAUCUUUAGUGAGUAAAGUCGCAGUUCCAUGUGAGAAUGAAUUUGACGUAAAUGACAAAAGCCUUAUCUCUUGUAAGAAAACAGUGAAAGAAGAUAUAUACGAAUCAAAUGGAGAUGCUAGUGACAUAUCAUCAAUGAGUAAGCUGACUUUGGUUCAAGGUGAUGAAACAAGGAUUGAGUUGAAUCCACAAAGCCAUCAAAGAGCGGAAGCUCUAGAAUCGCUACUAGAGAUUUGUUCAAAUUUACUUAAGCAGGAAAAAUUUGACGAACUUGCAGGCCUGCUAAGACCAUUUGGUGAAGAAUUUGUGUCAUCUAGAGAAACAGCAAUUUGGUUGACACAGAGCCUAAAGAAUCUUCGCAAAACUGGCAAUGGAGCCUAGCACAUUCUUCAUUUGUAGUGCCAUUAAAUAGACAAAAGGUUCAAAAAGAGUCCAUAUAAAAUUUAAUUUAAAUAGUUAGUUAUGCCUUGUGUUGCUAUUCUGCCAGUUCUGUCCGUUGACUUGGCAUUGUUGUAAGUGAUUAUUUGUAAACUGUGAUGAGAAAAAGAAAGCCUUAGCCAAAGGUUACACUUAUUGUAAACUACAUCCAAAUUGUUGAAAAUUUCUUAUUUUGAGGAAAA